AAUUCCCUUGGCAGAGAAGCGACAUCUGCUACUGUGGGACAACGACAUCGCGUACCGGAAAGGAUCAACGAAGAUCUGGGUACCUAAUUACCCUCCAUUACGCCAGUUACUACUCGAAGAAUACCACGGCGUCCUAUAUGCGGGACACUUCGGUAGCAACAAGACGCUCACCGGUAUCGCCAAACACUACUACUGGCCCCACAUGGCAGAUGACGUGCAGAAAUUCGUUACCUCGUGCACUACAUGUCAGCGGAUGAAGAGCAGCAAACAGAAAAAGGUGGGUCUACUACAGCCUCUUCCUGUCCCAGAACAGCCAUGGCAAGUGGUAAGCCUAGACUUCAUCACCGGGCUACCAACUACCACAAGCGGUCAUAACGCGAUCCUCGUCGUCAUUGACAAGUUCUCCAAAAUGGGACACUUCAUCCCGACACACACGACAGCACGCACCGAGGAGACGGCACAACUCUUUAUUCGCUACAUCAUCUCACAACAUGGCAUCCCAACCACACUCAUCUCCGACCGAGACCCUAAGUUCACCAGCAAAUUUUGGAAAGAACUGAUGUCUCUACUCUCAACCAAACUCGCCAUGUCAUCCGCCUACCAUCCGCAGACAGAUGGACAGACCGAGCGCCUCAACCAAAUUGUGGAGCAACUCCUCCGCGCAGCCUGCAAGGACGACAUCUCCAAAUGGGACUUGCAUCUGCCCGUCCUGGAGUUUGCCUACAACAAUGCUACUCACGCCGCUACUGGACAGACACCGUUUUCUCUGUUACGGACACCACCCACUCACACCUCAACAGCCAAACAUACCAGCCACAGUCCAACCCGCUCAUGAUUUCAUCACGACAAUGCACA